AUGUCUUCAUUGCCUCAUAUUGAGACUUUUACCCAAUGGGUUACGCUGGGUUGCGGUGUAAAGGUUCGGUUUACAAAAAUGGAAUUUAAUUGGGAUGAUUUUGACGCUGAAGGGAAUUUUGACGCAAGUCAAGAUCAGACAAUAUUUUUAUGCAUUCCAGGAAUUAGUGAAAAUGACCCGCAAUGUAAUAGACGAUACAAUUUGGACGAACAAAUUCUUAUAAAAAUGAGAUUUAUUGACGAAUAUUUACAUACAAUUAUAGGCCCGAAAAAAGCAAGAAUUUUUCUUAUUGGACAUUCCAUUGGUGCUUAUAUUGCUUUGAAACUUCUCCCAAAACUUUUAAACGAUGGAUGGGAUUGUGUUGUCUGUUAUUGUCUUUUUCCUACGGUUGAGGAUAUGGCAUUGACACCGAAUGGGAUUCGUAUGGGCCCUAUUGUUAAAUUUAUCAAUCGUUUAGACUCAAUUUUUAAAUGGAUUUUUUCUUUAAUUAAUUGGUUUAUCCCUCAAAGUUUUAAAAGAUGGGUUGUAAGGAAAAACUUUGGCGAACUUAUGGCUAAUAGCAAUGUUGAAGCAGGUGUUGAAUUAAUCAAUCCUCUUGUUGUUCGGAAUAUUGUACACAUGGUUUUUCAUGAACUCGAACAAGUACGCAAUUUCGACGACUCGCUCCUCGCUGAACCUCAAAAACAUUAUGUUAUGUUUUUCUAUGGGCAAGAGGAUGGUUGGGUUCCGGUGGAAUUUGCAGCUAGAAUGAAGAUGCGUGCACCAAGAGGAACUCUCCAAGUUUUAAUUGACCAAAGGAGUGAAAUUGACCAUGCUUUUGUUUUGAAAAAUUCGCGUCAAAUGGCUGAACGAUUAAAUCGGCUUAUUAUGACAAAACUUGGAAUUUUCACUUUCUAA